GUGUGUGUGUGUGUGUAGGUACACAACAGUUGUAAGGACCAGAUGGGGAAGGUGUGUCCCCUGGGUCAGUGUCGGGUCUCCAUCAUCCCCCCAACGACCCUCAACAGCAUCGACUCAGACGGCUUCUGGAAGGCCAACUCGGCCUGGUGCUCCAGCCCGCUGCUAGUCCUGGUCAACUCUAAGAGCGGGGACAACCAGGGAGUCAAGUUCCUCCGCAAGUUCAAACAGCUGCUGAACCCCGCCCAGGUGUUGGACCUCAUGAACGGAGGGCCGCAGCUGGGGCUGCGUCUCUUCCAGAAGUUUGUGACGUUCCGUAUCCUGGUGUGCGGGGGGGACGGCAGCGUGGGCUGGGUGCUCUCUGAGCUCGACAAGCUCAACCUCCACAAACAGUGCCAGUUGGGGGUCCUCCCCCUGGGUACGGGUAACGACCUGGCCCGGGUGCUGGGCUGGGGGGCUCUGUGUGACGACGACGCCCAACUGCUGCAGAUCCUGGAGAAGCUGGAGAGAGCCACCACCAAGAUGCUGGACCGGUGGAGCGUGUUAACCUACGAGGUUCCUGGUAAGACCUCCCCCGGGGUGAAGGAUGAAGAUAGCCCAGAGUUCCCUCUACAGGUUCACAUUACUCAGUAUGCUGACUCGGUCGCAUCCCACCUGACUAAGAUCCUGGACUCGGACAAACACACUGAUGUCAUAUCCUCUGCCAAGUUUCUGUGUGGGACGGUGAAUGAGUUUGUGGUGGAGGUGGGGAAGGCGUACGAGAGAGCCACGGAGAACAAAGCAGAGGCAGACGUCAUGGCCAAGAAGUGUGCUCUGCUGAAUGAGAAGCUGGACUCUCUGGUGAAGGCUCUGAGCGAGGAGGCUGAAGCCCAGGUGGUGCCAGCGGGUGCGGUGCCCAUCCUGGAGGGCGGCGGUGGAGGCAGCGGCGGGGGCGUGGGCGGAGGCAGCAGCCCCAGCGAUGAGAGCGCCGACGGGGGUAUGGAGGGGAAGACGUACCGGUCCAAAGAGCAGCUGAUGCUGCGGGCCAACAGCCUGAAGAAGGCCCUGCGGCAGAUCAUCGAGCAGGCCGAGAAAGUGGUGGAUGAGCAGAACAAGCACACCAAGCUGCAGAAACAGUCUACCUCCAUGAAGAGAGAGAACAGUGAACAGGAUUUGAAGGACUCUGAGCUGCGUCAGGGGGGGCUGAGCCCCUCCUCCACCAUCCUUCUGGAGAAGCCCGAAAGUAUCAACACAGUCAGCUUCUUCAACGACGACGCUGUCCAGUGUUCAGAGAAGUGUGUGAUGAACAACUACUUUGGGAUCGGGCUGGAUGCUAAGAUCUCCCUGGAGUUCAACAACAAGAGGGACGAACACCCCAAGAAAUGCAGUAGUCGCACUAAGAACAUGAUGUGGUACGGAGUGCUGGGGACGAAGGAGCUGGUCCAGAAGACCUACAAGAACCUGGAGCAGAGGGUCCAACUAGAGUGUGACGGGGUGUCCAUGUCCCUCCCCAGUCUCCAGGGUCUGGCCGUGCUCAACAUCCCCAGCUACGCGGGGGGCAUCAACUUCUGGGGGGGCACCAAGGAGGACAACAACUUUGGCGCUCCGUCGUUCGACGACAAGAAGCUGGAGGUGGUGGCCGUGUUCGGCAGCAUGCAGAUGGCCGUGUCCCGCGUCAUCAACCUGCAGCACCACCGCAUAGCACAGUGUCGGCAGGUGAAGAUCACCAUCCUGGGGGACGAGGGGGUCCCGGUGCAGGUGGACGGGGAGGCCUGGGUCCAGCCCCCCGGCAUCGUCAAGAUCAUCCACAAGAACCGCGCCCAGAUGCUGACACGGGACCGGGCUUUCGAGGGCGCGCUGAAGUCGUGGGAGGACAAGAGGAAGAUUGACCGGCCGGUUAGGCCCCGCCUUAACUCCCAGCAGUCCAUGGAGUACCUGACCGAGGAGGAGUGUGCUCAGGUGCAGCAGCUGGGCAACGUGGCCGACACCCUCAUCAUCAAGAUCCGCGAGGCAGCUAAGAGCCAUAAGCUAGUGGAGCAGGAGCUAGCGCAUGCCGUCAACGCUACGGCCCUGGUGCUCAGCGAGGCCUUCCCCUCCAAGCCCUCCAGCCCCGAGGGUCUGACCCGCAGCACAGCGGUGGAAAUAGUCAACAGCAGCAAGGUGCUGAAGGCAGAGACCAGAAUGCUACUGGACGGAAAACUACUGGUGGACUCCCCCGAGGAGGUGGAGCUCCAGACCACGCUGAACAGCCUGAGCACGGAGCUCCACAAGCUGGACGACAUCCACUGGAUCUGCCCCCUCAUGCAGUGCUCCGAGGAGGACUCUGUGCGAGGCAGCAGUAAGAGCAGCAGUAUGAAGCUCAAGAUCCUGCCCAAAGUGAAGAAGGACAGAGAGAAGCUCCACAAGCAGAAGUCCAACAGCUCGCUCUCGGGUGUUUGGGACUCCAAAGCAGGUGAGGCCGACUCUUAGCGAGGCGUUAACGAGCGCUUUAGAGGUACCUCCUGUUGCCGUGACGACUGCCCGCUGGGAGGGGCCCCUGGAGGUCAUCCUGCACAUGGGACGGACGCUGUUAGGGGAGUCCCAUGAUCCACGAGUCUGGCUCCUCUUCCUCCUCUUUUAGCCGACGCAAACCGGCCGGCAACCAGGAAAGAGCCUUUUUGAUUCGAUAUGAUUUGAUGAGGCACAAUGCAUCAUCACUGCUGGCUUUCUGUCAUUGGUCGUGUUUACCCUGCUUGGCCACUCCCCCUCUCUUUUGAAAACGGGGGUAUGGCUAAAAAAAUUGUUGAACAGCCUUUUGGACAUUUUUUCCCGCUCUUUUUGUUGAAUCGUUUUAAGACAAUUUAUUUGAAUGAAUGUUCUCGUCACCGUAGGAACCACUGAAAAUGACAAUUAAACAACGGAAAAAAGGAAGAACUUUAUUGAUAUCGUCACCCAGAGCUGGAGAAUAUCGUAAAUGUUGCAAAAAAAUAUAUGUUAUAUCGAGGAAUGUAUUCAUGUGGACUCGUAUUUAAUUUGUGAAAAAUGAUAAUGAAAAUGUUUUACAGAAGUUCCUACUGUGUGUGGUUUUGACGCGGCCCGCUACUGGCCGCUGUGUGACUCUCGUGGGCCAAAGCUAUACAGCUACGCUGCAAAAAAAUACAAACUCUCGCUGUAAAGUACUAGUAUCCAGCCUUAACAUAGGAUUUACCAUUAUUCACUUAAUUCAGUGUAAACCUUCUUUGUUAUCGCAUCAAUGCAACAUUUAUCAGUUUUCGUCACACUUCGGAAAAAUACAAACUUUGUAACCACGUUUGUGGUUUUACGAACUGGAAGACAACACUGGAUUUAUAUGACACUGGAGAAAGUGGACGUUCUGCUACGUGAAAACAGAUGAAGAAGCCUCAAAGACGAAACAUAUCGACUUAUUUUAACUUCUUUUAACUUUUUCUUUAAACUUGCUCAUGGUUGUCUUAAUUAACAUAUUGUAUGAUUAUGAUAUGACGCGUGAUUGGAUCUUCUAUUGCACUGCCUCUGAGGUAUAAACUCGCCCAUCUUUAGACUCUUAUGCAAAAACAUCAGCCAUCAAUCUCUCCUGCCAAUAGCGCCGCUGGUAAUCAAUAGCUGGGUAAUCAAUCUGUCUCGUUGUCGCUUUUUGCCGCCUUUCUUUUUACUUGGAAUCCCUGCAUGCAACCGUCGUACUUGACCAAAGUUACCUCGUCUGCGAUUUAGGCCUUGCUGGUUUCGAAAUCUUUUCAUGGACAUCUUAAAUGAUUUAGUAAUUCUGUUUGUUUUCUACUACUAAGUGCCAGAGGGGUGGGGACCAGCACCCAGGGGAGUUAUAUAUUUUGACAUGAGGUGACGUGAAAAUAUAAUGUUACUUCAUGCUAUAGGCUCUUCCUACAUGCCCCCCUUCACAUAUUUAAAACUCUGCAUUUUAGGACCAUAAACUAUUAAUAAGAUAAUAUAUGGAAUAGAAUUUUAAUUUAAAAAAGUUAUAUUUAACUGGUUAACCUGUUAGAAGAAGGAUUUGGAAUUGUUUGAAACUCCUGUACUGUUUUAAUUUUUUUUAGAAAGUAAAAGUUGAAGAAAUUGAUUUUUUCCUAUCUAGCUUCUUUCAAUUACUAGUUUUGUAAAUUUGGGUUUGUGUGCGUAAAAAAGAAAUAGCGUAAAUGUACUUUAGUUUUUAAACAAACUAUAUUCCAACUGAUUUGCUGAUCUGUGAUUAGUGGGUAGCUGCGCUAGCUGAGCAGGGAUUCAGAUUUCCUGCAGUGGUUCUACAUGUUAAACUCCAUGCCGAUAAUGAUAUUGGUCUUCUCUUCAGGCAACUGAAAAGAAUGAAAACCACUUUGAUCUUUCUGAUCUUCACAUUAAACUCCACCUCUCUGGCACACAACAGCACCUAUAUUAGGAGAUAAGGUUUGCUUUGCUAAUUUUAACUACUAACUUUAUGGAUUGCACAAGAACAUUCUUAGUCAUUUCAUUGCAUAGAUAUAAGGAAAAAUAAGGACGAAAUGUAUUGUAAAACAUGCAGUAGUAAAUGUGAGAAUGAUAGUUCAAUGCUAUUUGGAUGAUGAACCCGGGAUUGCUGUUCAACGUUUAAGAUGUUCUGGCUAAGUCGUCAUGGAUACCGCAUCCAUAGCAACUUUACACCUUUUGUAUUUCGAGAUUAGUGCCAAGUUUAGACAGUGUCCAGUUGAGGUGUGUAUAUGCGUGUGCGUGUGUGUGUGUGCGUGUGUGUGUGUGUGCGUGUGUGUGUGCGUGUGUGUGUGUGAGGGAACUGUAUAUUUAAACGUUUACUGUGUCUGCUUUGCACUUUACGAAGAAGCAAACUUGAGGGAUGAAACUAAAAAGGAUUUGUUUCUUUGUUUCUUAAGGGUCACAAGUGUUUUUUUCAUUCAGAUUUAAGGAUUACAAAAACAAUUUAAUCUAUUUAUGAUAAAUGUGCUGAUAAAAAAAGAAUAUGUGUAUAUAUAUAUAUAUAUAUAUGUGUGUGUGUGUAUAUAUAUAUAUAUGAAUGAAUGAGAGAGAGAUCUAUAAAUAUUUAGGAAUAUAUUAAUUUAAUCAGAGGCUGUACACCCAUUUCCUUUUUUAUAACUUAUCUUCAAGCUUAAAAUAUCCCAUUUUACUGCAGUGAGUAUAUUUAUAUUUUACUCCUAUAUAAUUCUAACCUAAAAUCCAUAACUGUUGCACAGAACCAACUUCUGUCUAUCACUGUAAACAUGAUUUAAAAUAGCCAUUGCUACUGUUUAUGUUUAUAAUUGACGUCUUAAAUCAUCUUACAGGGGUAUUAGUAUUGUUUUACAAACCAUAUUGGCAUAAACAUAUGAUAAUGUCCUACUUUUUUUGUUACUGAAAUUUUGUUAGCAAUGUUAUCAAGUAAACUAACACCAUUUAAAGGUUGAAUCUCGUUUAAAUUAAUGGUUUGACAUGUUUAAAGGACCAAACUAUACACAACUGGGCAACCAAAAACCGAAUUAAUUGUCUUUACUUACGGCUAUCAUCAAUAACUCGGAAAUAAAGGUUACAGUCGGUGUGUUGUCAAGUAGUUAAAGCAACAUGCCGUAGCAUUAGCAACAAGUUACCCAAAAUGCAUAGCAAGACUGGAAACCUUUAAAUCCAAUAUCUCAUUAUCUUUAAAAUAUUAUUAUCUACCGAAUCGGCAAAAUCACGGCAUACAUUUACGGAUUGUAGGUUUGAAUGUCAAACAUCUUUACUUGCUGCUGUUGAAAUACCAUUUCAGCAUUAAGACGGUUUUAUUGUAACUCUUGUAUUCAGGUGAGCCAUAUAAUAAUUUCGAUACUUUUUGUAUUUUCAGAGCUUUACCAAUAUUGUCACGCUACUUUGCGUAAAAAACAUUAGUUUCCUAAGAUAAGAAAUGGGCAGCCUGUCCUACUGUACAAUUUUGGUUAUUGUCAAUAACUAUGACUGAUAUUUCAUGAAUGUACCUGCAUAGGUUUAUUGCACAUCUUCAAGUAAACUUUAGAAACAAAGAUCAUCUUAAAAGCUUCUUAAAAUAAGAUGUGGGAUUAUUUUAAACCACUUUUAUUUGUUUGUUUGGCUACUCUUAGCUUCAGCUUAAUCCAUUGUGAUCCUUACUCCAAAUCACAGAAAACUCUUGAAUGUAAAAAGUUUAGGCCUUUAAUUCAGUUUAUUUCCUUUCAUCAAACUUAUGUACAUUUUAUUUCUCCAUGUUCAUAAUUUUUGCUAUUAAGAUAUUUUCUGUAUUUAUUAUUGCCGUUUUGUUUACUAAAAACCAAAUUCUCCAAAAUGUGUGGAGGAAAAUAUAAAUAUUAAAAAAAAAAGCGGAGCGAAAAAUCAAACUAAUAAACAAACAAACAAACAGCCCCUGGGCCAGUGGAAGUUUGAUGAUACGUUUGUGCAACAUUAUUCCAUUCACAAACACCUGUGGACUGUAGGGUUGUUGAACGCCCCCCGUCUAUCUGAACAGCUGAUAUAUAGCGCUGUGUUAAUUGGAGAACGUGUUGACCAGUACUAGGGGGAAGGAAAAGUUGAUGUUGCACGACUGUGUACGUUGCCAGGUGUUAUAUCGUGUUAUUGUGUGCAGUGUGUAACAAAGACAAAGUCAACAAUUAAAGAUUAAAUGAAGUAUUGAAGUCUCAAAGUACUUGCUUCUCUCACUGAUGAAGUUUGUUCGUGUGUUUUAUGUGUUACAUCAUCAGGCCUUCAUUUUAAGCCAAUUGAAAGCUGAAAAGGCGAUUGUUGUCCUUGUGCUCUGAUUGUAGUGUGUAUUUAUUUAUACAUUUAAUAUUUGCAGAACACACCUCUCCUGAGUAAAAUGCUCAUGUAAAUCAGCUGAUUGUUGCGGUACAAAACACCAAUCAUUAGAUUGGUUUGUGCCAAAUUGACAAAACGUGAUGGCUGGCAUAAGACCAUUCUAUGAAUAUAAUGUAAAAUAUGAAAUCAGGCUAUCCAUAGCAAGUGUCUUGCAAGUGACCUUCUGAUUAAAGCGCUGGAGGCACUGGUUCAAGUCCUGCAUAUGCUGAAUUACUUUCAACCAUGGUCAUUGUGUAAACAUAAUGUCAAUAUAAAACCCAACCUUUCUCAGCAAGUGUCUUGUUGGUGCAGCGGUAAGACCUGCUCAUUGAAAUGCUGAAGACAUGUUCAACUCCUGCAUUGGUUAUUCAGAUAUAGGCAUUGUGUAAAUUAAAUGUAAUAUAUAUCCACCAAUUAGGUCAGUCUUGAAGGCAUGUUGGAAUAAGACUGGUAAGACUUGCUGAAGGAGCUGGAGAC